CAAAAAAAAAAAUUCCUAACUCCAAAAGCCUGACCUCACAAAACAUUUCAACACGCCAAAACUUGAACUCCAUAACUUUAUAGACUGAGAGCAGUGAACAGCAACACAGCCGUGCAGUGAGAGAGGCUGUGUGUUUCACGAGCUGCUGAAAGUCUGCACUUUCUCCACACUCCCUGAUCUGCUCAGCCUGGUCUCAGUCCAACACCACACACCCUGUAGCUGUGGGAAGAACCAGAAUGUCAAUCCCACUCUCUCUGUCACGCAGUUUCAGAGAAAGAAAACGUAACUCUGUUUCUGUCACUGUGAGCAGUAAAAUGGCUGAAGGUGGAGUUUCACUGGAUCAGGAUCAGUUCAGCUGUCCAAUCUGUUUGGAUCUACUGAAGGAUCCGGUGGCUAUUCACUGUGGACACAGUUUCUGUAUGGGUUGUAUUCAGGGCUGCUGGGAUCAGGAUGAUCAUACUGGUGUCUACAGCUGUCCCCAUUGCAGAGAGACUUUCACCCCAAGGCCUGUUUUAAGAAAAAACACCAUGCUGGCUGAAGUGGUGGAGAAACUUAAGAAGACAGGACUCCAAGCUGCUCCUCCUGCUCACUGUUACGCUGGACCUGGAGAUGUAGAGUGUGAUUCCUGCACUGGGAGAAAGCGCAAAGCUGUCAAGUCCUGUCUGAUGUGUCUGGCCUCUUACUGUGACACUCACCUCAAACUUCACAAUGCACUCCACCCAGGAAAGAGACAUAAGCUGAUCGAUGCUUCUGAAAACCUGCAGGAGAAGAUCUGCUCUCACCAUGACAAACUGCUGGAGGUUUACUGCCAGACAGAUCAGCAGUGUAUCUGCUAUCUGUGUACGAUGGAUAAACACAAAGGGCAUAAAAAAGUUUCAGCUGCAGCAGCAAGGACUGAGAAACAGAAGCAGCUGGGUGUAACACAGAGUAAAUUCCAGCAGAGAAUCCAGGAGAGAGAGAAGAAGCUGCAGGAUCUGAGACAGGCUGUGCAGUCACUCAAGGCAGCACUGGAGGACAGCGAGAGGAUCUUUACUGAGCUGAUCCACUCCAUUGAGAGAAGGAGCUCUGAGGUGAAAGAGCUGAUCAGAAAUCAGGAGAAUGUUGCGGAGAGUCAGGCUGAAGGACUCCUGGAGCGACUGGAGCAGGAGAUUGCUGAGCUGAGGAGGAGAGACGCUGAGCUGGAGCAGUUUUCACACACAGAGGAUCACAUCCAGUUCCUCCAGAGCUUUCAGUCUUUCUGUGUACCUCCUGGACCUGGAGACAUACCCAGCAUCACUGUCAGUCCACACGACUCUUUUGAGACUCUGAAGAAAUCUUUCUCUGAACUGAAAGAGCAGCUGGAGGACAUCUUCAAGGUGGAACUGGUCAAAAUAUCUAAAUCAGUGAAAGAAGUCUAUACUGUAGAGCCCAGCACCAGAGAGGAUUUCUUACAGUAUUCCUGUCAGCUCACUCUGGACCCCAACACAGUGAAUAAACACCUCGAUCUGUCUGAGGGGAACAGACAGGUGACCCAUGUGGCACAGAUCCAGUCACAUCCUGGUCAUCCAGAGAGAUUUGAGUGCUUGCAGAAAAAUUCAUAUCCCCUGACAUGGGAUCGAAAUACUGGAUCAUACAUAGAAUCCUAUUCAUCUUCAGGUUAUAACAGCUAUCAAAUGAACGGGAAUGAGAAGAAGUUACAAAUGGAGAGAUUAAAAAUGUAUGCCCAAGUGCUGUGCAGUGAGGGUCUGUCUGGACGCUGUUACUGGGAGGCUGAGUGGAGCAGGACUGGGGAGGUUUCUAUAGCAGUGUCUUAUAAAGAGAUCAGCAGGAAAGGGCAGGGCGAUGAGGGUAUAAUGGGAAAUAAUGACAAGUCCUGGAGUUUGCGCUUCUCUCCCUCCAGAUACCAAUUCUGGCACAAUAAUGUGGGCACUGGAAUACGUGUUACCUCAUCCUCCACAAUAGGAGUAUACCUGGAUCACAGGGCAGGAACUCUGUCCUUCUACAGUGUCUCUGACACAAUGACCCUCCUGCACAGAGUCCACACCACAUUCACUCAGCCCCUCUAUCCUGGGUUUUGGGUUUGGGGAGUUGGAUCUUCAGUAAAACUGUGUGAUCUGGAAAGAGAGAAAGGGAAGAUCAGCUGUAAUUAGAAU